AUGACCAUCACAUACUCUGCCCUUUCAUUAGAUACAUCAGAAAAAUCACGAGGACAGAUAGACGGUGAAAUCGAAGCCAUUCGAAAAUUGGUUAAUGAGCACCUGAGUGAGCCAUACUCAGUGUAUGUGUACCGGUUCUUCCUCAACAACUGGCCGGAACUAUGUCUUCUGGCCAAGAGUGAGGGAAAUAUUAUUGGAUGUAUCAUAUCUAAAGUUGAAACUCAUCGGAAUACCCGUCUAAGAGGAUAUAUAGGAAUGUUAACGGUGACUGAACAAUACCGAGGUCAAGGUAUAGCGAAGAAAUUGAUUGACAAGAGUUUGGACAUUAUGGUGGAUAAGAAGUGCGAUGAGAUCAUAUUGGAGACUGAAGUAGUGAAUAAGAAGGCUUUAAGGUUGUAUGAGAACUUUGGGUUUGUUCGAGUGAAGAGGUUAUAUAGGUAUUAUCUCAAUAAGCAUGAUGCUUAUAGGCUGAUAUUGCCGAUAACGGACAAGGCAUGUCUGAGGAGUACGUUUUUAGAGAAGUUACCCGAGGAGAAGUGUAUAGAGGCGAGGUAUUAA